CGUCAGUCUCAUUUUCUAUCACAAUACUUGCUCUCUCUAUAAAUAAUACCUGAAACCAUAUUUGAAUUCUCAUCCAGUACUCCAUCUCCUCAUCCUUUUGCUUUCUCUCAUCUCCAAAUCGAUAUAUAUAUCCAUCAAUGACCACGACUACAGAGGCUUUGAACGAGCCCUCGACGGCUCCUGUAGCUAUACAGCGGUCACCGUGGCACUCGCCGGUGCCGUACCUCUUCGGUGGUCUGGCGGCAAUGUUGGGUCUCAUUGCCUUCGCUCUCUUGAUCCUGGCAUGCUCCUACUGGAAGCUUUCGGGGUCUGUGGAGGAGGAAGAGGGAGACAUUGAGGCUGCCGGAGGCCAUGAUGCCAAUUCCAAUUCCAAUUCGGAAGAGAAAGAGCCUGCGCCAGUGUUUGUGGAGAAGCUUGUGAUAAUGGCAGGACAAGAGAAGCCGACCUACUUGGCCACACCCAUUUCAAGCAGAGCUUCUUCUUUUGGAAGUAACACUAGUUGUUGUAGCACCAGUAGCAGUAGCAGAAGCGAGAAAUCAGUAGAGGAAGGAUACGAAAAGCUUCAAAACAGGAACACUGUAACCCAUGAGGCCUCGGAUCAGCACCCACCUUAAUUGAUUUCUUUCAUUCUUCUUGACAUUCAGCUCCUAUGUCUUACAGGCUCCUUUUAAUUCUUUAUGGCUUAGAUCGAUAUAUUGUCUCCGGCUUCUCUGUUUCUUAGAUUCCGGUGGGCUUUGUUGCCUUUAGAUUAUUACAGUAUCAAAUAUUGUUUUCCUUUUUCUUUUUUCCUUUUUAUAUUUAUUAUUAAUUUAUAGAUGACGGAAAUGUAAGUAUUUUUGCUGUGGAGACUGAAAUGGAAGAUUGGUCGAGAUGUUUUUUUUUUUUUUUUUUUUUUUU